CAACAAGGUGACACAAACCUUCCUCAAGUCUUCUUCUUUUUCUUCUUCACCACCACGCCGUCCUAUCAAACAGCCACACACUCACUCACUCACUCACUCACACAUCCGAAGGGAUGACAAUGCCCACCGGCAACCGAGAGGCAGCCACAGCCACAGCCACAGCCGCAGCGCCGACGGCGGCGUCAGCAUCAGUCCAGACAUCCACACCGCCGCCAGACGCCAAGAUCAGCGCCGCCGAUGGCCGCUCCUACUGGCAGGGCGUUGAUGCCGAUGUCAACGGCAUGCUGGGCGGUUUCCCCUACAUCAGCAAGGUCGACCUGCAGGGCUCGCGUAACUUUCUUGCCAAGCUGGGCAUUGGCUCGAAGAGCGGUCUGCGGCCGGUGAGCCGCGCUCUGGAAGGCGGGGCCGGCAUCGGUCGCAUCACCGAGGGUUUCCUACUCGAUGUAGCCCAACAGGUUGACGUCGUCGAGCCCAUUGCAAAGUUCACCGCUGCUCUCCGGGAGAAACCCGGCGUCGGGUCUGUGUUUAGCAUCGGCCUCGAGGAGUGGAGACCCCUCGAGGGCACCUCAUAUGACCUUGUCUGGAACCAAUGGUGCCUGGGCCAUCUGACCGACGACCAGCUCGUUGACUACAUGCGUCGUUGCAAGCAAGUGGUUGCCCCCAAUGACGGUCUCAUCGUCGUCAAAGAGAACUUGAGCACUAGCGGCGUCGAUCUGUUCGACGAGGUUGAUAGCAGCGUCACGAGGGUGGAUGACAAGUUCCGCGCCCUCUUCGAACAAGCGGGUCUCCGUCUCAUAAAGACGGAACUGCAACGUGGCUUUCCCAAGGAACUGUUCCCGGUUCGGAUGUACGCGCUCAAGUAGUCGGAUUUGGAAGACGCAGCGGCGGCGACGGCGACGGCGGCGAACCAUGGAUCUGGGGGCCUACGGCCAGGAGGCCAAGGGGGGCCGGGGACGCCGGCCGAAUGGGAAUGGACUAAGCCCCAGAGCCCUGAAAGGUAUCCCGCAUUCACCCCUUCCCUGGCCUUUCAAGCAUGGGAUGGGACGACAUGGCGGCUCGGGCUCCGAUCUACUGCACGAUGCGGCAGCCCCCCGGCCGCUCGUAGGUGGGAACCACUCUAAUUCUCCGAUCUGGGAAAACCGGGACCGAGACACACAGAGAGAGAAGGAGGGAUAGAAGGAGAAGGAGGGGGGUAAAGAAGAGGGGGG